ACACAUAUUAUCUAAAUUUGUAAGAAAAAAAAACACAUAUAACCUUGUGGAAAAUGACGUGAAAUAUGUUCAUCAAUUGCUUUGCUUCUACCAGCGUACACUUACGAGCUCAGUCACUCGCCUCUAAUCAAAAUUGCAUAUAAUACGUUUGAAAAAUACUUUGUACUCCUAAAAAAAAACACUUCUGAAAGGACAACGAACCGUUUCAAUAAAAUAUGAGUGAUAUCCUAUUAUCUUAAAUAUCUCAAAUUGAGUGGGGAGAACUCCGACAGAACGAGAUGCAUUACUGAAAAUUUUUUAAUUUAAAAGGAAUUCAGUAAACAAUAUUGAAUUUAGUUUUGAAAAUACCUUUGGACAAAAUGAAUACAAUCACCGAAGAAAUUUAUAUACCAGAUGGUACCGCAAAAAAGGCAAUCCAUGAAAUUAUCGAUGAAGAACAAUUUCAAGAAUAUCAAAUUCAAAUUGAUAAUGGUUCAAAAAAUGGUGAUAAUUAUUUGGGUUAUAUUUAUCGUGUUUAUGUUCUUGGAACCGAUAAGAAUCGUAACACUAAAGAAUUAAAUUUAAUUUUAAAAUGUUCACCCAGAAUGGGUGUUUUACCAACAAUAACACCAGUGAAUGAAAUUUUUCAACGGGAAAUUUUAAUGUACAACGAAUUUUUACCACUUUUGUUUAAAAUACAAGAUCAAUGGCAUUUCGGUAAUGGUUUUAAUCAAACUGCGAAAUUGUAUAAAGCUUCAGCUGUAAAAAAUGAUGAAUAUUUAGUUAUGGAAAAUGUUAAGUUAAACGGUUAUCAGCUACAAAAUCGACAACUUCCAUUGGAUUACAGACAUUGUAAGAUAUUUCUUAAACAGUUGGCUUACUAUCAUGGGCUUACGUUAAUUUUGAAGCAUGAUAACGAGCAGUUAUUUAAAUAUUAUGCAAAUCUAGUGACCGAUAAACAUAUUAUGAAAGUGAGCGAUUUUGAUAUGAUUAAAGAGCAAAAUGUCAUGAUGGUUGAAAAAGCAUUAAAAACAUUGGAUCCACAAAGUGUGGCGUACAAACGUUAUAAAGAGUAUGCGGAAAUUUCAUUUGAUCGUAUUACUGAAUUUUCCAAAACUGAUAUCAACGAUGAAAUUUCAGUGAUAACACAUGGUGAUUGUUGGAUAAAUAAUAUGCUGUUUCAAUAUGAUAAGAAUGGUUCCCCAUCAAAUGUACUUCUGAUUGAUUGGCAAGCAUCUCGUUGGGGCUCUCCAGUCUACGAUUUAGCAUACUUUUUCUAUAAUUGUACGGAUCAAAAUUUACGUUCGAAACAUUUUACAGAAUUAUUAGAUUAUUAUCAUGAAUGCGUUCAGUAUAUUAUAAGCCAAUGUUCCAAACAUAAUCCAGAUUUUGUUUUCCCUAAAAGUAAAUUUUACGAACAUGUGCAAAAAUACUUUUGUUUGGGUAUAUCGAUGUGUAUAUAUACAUUAAAUAUAUUUUUAACAAACAGUGAAAAUAUACCAAAUGUACGGGAAAUCAAUGAAAUUAAUCUGGAAGAAAUGGAACGCUGGAAUAAUGCAACGAACAUGGGACAAAGUGGUUAUGAGAAACGUAUGCGAGAUGUUAUUACGGACGCUGUGGAACGUAAUUUUAUUUAGUAAAAAAACAAAAAUAUUGUUAAAAGAAUGUAAA